AUGGCCACAACUGUAUGUAUAAGCGAGGUUGAGGAGAUCUCUCUAUGUUGCCAGGGCAAGGAGAUCUUAGAGGUUGAGGAAUUUUCUCUAUGUUCCCAGGGCAAGGAGAUCCUAGUUAACACAGACAGAGGAUCUUGUAGUCUCACACCCUCUUUUCUUGGAUUAAAAAUUUUUCAUAUCAGAGGAAAUUAUUAUAAUCAAGUGGUUGCUGAAAUUUCUAAAGAUCUGGUAUGGCUUCGCUGGUUUAACAUCGAACAGAACAAUCUGGGUUCACUGGGUUCAUUGAAAAAUUUGAGGGUGUUAGAAUUCUAUGAAAAUAGUUUUUCAAAACAUCACCUACAAGAACUGUGGGAGACUGACAGUGAUGCUCCUGUGCAGUUAAGAGAAUUGGUUAUUUCUGAAUGUUACAAUUUCCAAAGAUUUCCAAAGUCUAUUGGAUGUCUCAGAGAUUUGAAAAUUAUAGUCCUUACAAACAACUUUUGGAACAAGAUGGGGAGUCUGCCUAAAGAAUUUUGCCUUCUCCAGUCAUUGGAGCACCUGGAGUUAUCUAGGUGUCGAGAGCUGUCAUCACUACCCAGAAAUUUUGGCCAUCUGAGAAACAUGAGGCAUCUCGAUUUGUCCAAUAGUGAGAAUUUGAGGAGUUUGCCAGACUCUUUUAAGGAGCUCACACUCAUGCAACACCUCAACUUGGAGGGAUGUUCUAAACUCACCUUACAGUCGGACAUUCUAGAAAACAUGACAAAGCUCGAGUAUUUGAACCUUUCCGACUGUAAGCAAUUGGAAGAGAUGCCUCGUCACAUCACUCAGCUUCGCAAUUUGCGAGAGAUGAUGAUCGGGAGUGAGUAGCUCACAUGUUUGCCGGCAUCCCUGGGAGAUUUGUCCUCACUGACUACUCUUCUGAUUAACAAAUGUCCCAAAAUGCAAUGUUUACCGGACUCUCUGGGCCGUCUUAAUCUCUUGGAGUGGUUAGAGAUAUCAGAUUCAGGAGUGAAGUCUUUACCAAAAUCGGUUAGACAACUGAAUAAUCUUCAAAGUCUGAUGAUAUAUGAUUGCCCAACCAGUCAAUUGAACCUCCGGGCGGGGUCGUUUACUUCCUCUCUCUGCAAUCUUAAGCAGAUAAAUUUAUUAGGAACAGAAGUGUUCAAGAUUUCCAUCCCUCAGGACUGCUGUCUAGGCCUUGAGACUAUCUUCAUUGACCGUAAUAAAAAUCUAGCAGAGAGAAAUUUUACCAAGGACAGUGAAGAACAUAAGAUUGUCGGACUGUAAAAUGGUGACGAGUAUAUGGGGUAUUCAUGGUCUGGUAAACAUUCAAAGCCUGCAGAUAAAAGAGUGCCCCAAGUUAGAUGCGCUUCCCAAUUUUACUCAAUUUUCUUCUCUCCGAAUAUUCGAACUCCAAGGCUGCUAGAGAGUUAAGAAAAUACAGGGUUUGGAACAUUGCAGAGCGUUGGAGGAGCUGACAGCAGAAACUAGGUGGGAGGAGGCGGGUAUAGAAAGUUUGGAGCGCAUGGAAAUAUUGAGGAUUGUGAAACUCACAGCAAUCAGCAGAUCAGCUGUUGAAGGUUGCAUUCAAAGCAUGAAGGUAAUAAUAGUUUAUAGGCAUUUAGAAUUCUAAUUAUUUUCAAUUGACUCAACGUUGUGCAUUGAAUUUUCAGAAAUGGCCAGACAAAAUUAUAAUAUUUACUCGGGCAGCCCCUGACGCCGUUUCACUUUUAAAAGGAACACUACUAUCAACAUAUGCAUAAUCAGGAACACUACUAUCAACAGAUGCAUAAUACACUCCUCCAUCAAAGUCUCUUGUUUUUGUGCUCCCCCGUAAUAGAAUAUCUAGAUCACCAUUAUCAGAUUUUAAUACCCAAAUAUAAAAUUCUUGUACAGGUGUGAAUAGCCAACAAACAUCACUCCCAAUUCUCACGAUUGCCUCACUGAAUG